AUGUGUGCAUUGUGCAAAUAAUUGCUUGCAAUAGAGGACGUGUUUCAUUGUAAUUUUGUUAAGAAAGAGUUUAAUAUGACUUUACGGCCUUUAUCUAAUGAACUAGCUGAAAAGGCGCGUUUGGAACUCAACGAGGAUCCAAAUCGUAUAAACGAUGAUCUGCAACAUAUCAAAGAUUGGUUGGCGAAGCAACCACAUCUACGCGCAAGAACGGACGAUCAAUGGUUGAUUGCAUUUCUCCGAGGAUGCAAAUUUAGCUUAGAACGAACUAAAGAGAAAAUAGACUUAUAUUACUCUGUUCGUAACACGGCACCAGAUUUUUUUCGAAUUAGACAUACCGAUCCUUUAUUCAAUGAAAUUCUGGACCUAGGAUCGACAGUUGUAUUGCCAAAAUUGGCAAGUCCCGAUGCACCUCGGGUUACAAUAAUAAGACCUGGACAAUAUGAUGCAGACAAAUAUCCAAUCGCCGAUGUUUUAUCAGUAAACACAAUUAUUGAUAAGAUUCUAUUAAUGGAUGACGACAAUAUGGUGGUAGCCGGCAACCAGUUUAUUUUGGAUUUAGACAAAGUGACAAUGUCACAUUUCUUACAAAUGACACCGAUGACUAUGAAAAAGAUGGUCGUCGCUUCACAGGACGCAUUACCUUUACGUAUGAAGGGAACUCAUUAUUUAAAUACUCCAGCGGGUUUCGAGACAGUGUUUAAUGCAUUGAAAAGUUUACUGAAUACGAAGAAUCAGAGUCGACUCUACGUGCACAACAAAAAUUACGAGGAUAUGUACAAAUAUAUACCAAAAGAGAUCUUGCCCUCUGAAUACGGAGGUAAUGGUGGUACUGUCAAGGAAAUUACAGACUAUUGGAAAAAGAAAGUGGAGGAGUACAGCGACUUCUUAGAGGCAGAUUACCAGUACGGCACUGACGAGACCAAACGUCUCGGCAAACCGAAGACCGCAGAGGAUAUGUUCGGAUUAGAAGGAUCCUUCAGGCAGUUGAAUUUUGACUGAGUCGCAAGAAAAGAUGUUAUAUUAGAAAAAA